CCUCCCUCUUCAACACUCAUACUCCAACGCAUUCACUCAUCACAUUUCCACCAUGUUCAACUGGUUCAAGUCGUCCAACAAGGAGUCCGCUCCCACCCAGCAGCCCACCUGGGAUGCCAAUACCGUGACUAUGCAGCAGCCCUCCGGCCCUGAGGCCCCUGUCACCGAGCGGGUCGUCACCGGCCAGCCCAACCAGCCCGAACAGAUGCAAAUGAGCCUCCGUGGUGGUGGUGAGGGCGAGGACGUCUGCUGUGGAGUCUGCGCCGGUCUCUGCUGCUUCGAAUGCUGCGAGUGCUGCUGCUAGACACGAUCAACCUUUUCCCGCCAUGGCGGAUAGAAAUCCUCCCGUAAUGUUCCACGAUCUUACUAUAAAGGGGUUAUGACGAGUGAUGACCGGAUCAUCAUGAGUCGCGCGUGUUUUGUUUAUACUAUACCGGAUGAGAAGACGGGCGCCCGUCGUUGUGUAUAUUCUCAUAUAUCAUGAUAUAUAUUAAUGCAGUCUAUGCUUU